CUUCUCCUACUACUGCACCUACGCACCUCCCGCCACAGGUCUGUACCAGGCGCAGUCGCCGCCGGCCGGCCGCACGUGCUGGCAACGGCCAGUGGCUGCGGCGGCACCGGCACGCCGCCGCGGCUGUCACCGGGCCUGUCGGUGGCAGCGCCAUCCGUUUCCUUCCCCACAGCCGCCGUGGGCGGGCCGGUGGGGGCCGGCAGCCGCUUCCCCCUGCGCACCAUUCCGCCUGCGCCGGUGACCGGAGCACCUGCAGGUGCGGCUGCGGCUGCGGCCGGACAACACGUGGCCGCGGCAGCAGCAGCCGGCGGCGCCGCCAGCGCCGCAUACCAGCCGACCUCGCUGUUUGGCAGCCUAAUGCUGCCGCUGCCGCUGCCAACGGCUGCAGGCGCUGCCGCCCCGGCUCCGGCCUCGGCCGCCGCUACGGUGUCUACGGCUGCGGAGGUGUCUCUAUACUCUCGGCUUGGGCCGCACGGGCUUACAGGCCUACACCACAACCGCCACCACCACCACCACCCACAGCAACAACAUCAACAGCAACAACAACAGUACCCAUCAUUUCCGGCCCGGCAACCCCAGCAACAGCCGGCGAGCCCGAUGGCGGCGGCGGCUGCAGUGGCUACUGCCGCUGCCAAUGCUGGCGCCGGCAGCGGAUCAGGGUAGCGGGUGCAUCUGUGCAGCACUGGAGUGGCAGGCUGAGUACCAACAGGACAUGGAGACAUGACCCACAUCACACAAGAGAAGCAAAAUCUCUGAAGCAAAAUCCGGUUCGAGUUGUGCUGUCGCCAUGUUGCAUGGGUGACUGCUGUCUGCAUGCCUUAUUAUGAAAUGGAAAACAUAAAUUCUUGGGGCCGCAAGAGCGACCGCGAGAGCGCAUUUGCUUGGGGCCAAGUCACCAACGCGUAGCGUGCUUGGGAUUUGGUGUGCCACCGCAAGUAUUUCAAAGGCAAGUUGCAGGAUUCACGCCACUGAUUUUGAUACAAGAGGGCAUUGAUAGAGGGCGUUUGCAAUGACUGCUGCUACUGCUGCUGCCACUGCAAGGGCCGGCAUUUUGCGCCUGAUUGCAAAGCAGGACGGCAGGAAGCGCACACUGACGCGGAGCCGGCCGGAACAAGCCAUAAUUGCGAUACGUGCCAGCGGUGUCAGCGGGAGUUUCCGACACACAGCCAUGCAUGGGAGCGCUCAGGAUUACAUCAUACCAGAGGGGAGAUGUACGACUGGCAUGUGUGAGCGUAUCCGGACCUGUUAGAUUUGAAUGUUUCCAAUUUGGGGGGCCGGGGCCUGCUUAUCUUUAACGGGGAAGACCGAGAGACGCGAGGGCCGCUUUCCACGCAGCCGCGCAUUAGGGCGGUGGAGUUACGCGCGGUCUGCAAAGCCGUGGGCGAAAGGUGGUCUUGAACAACAAACAAGAGAAGACUUUGCUUGUCGAGGGAGCUAAGAAUUACGCAAGCCGGCUCGUGGCUUGUGGGCGCCGCUGAGGGGCGUCUGAAGGCAGUCGACGAGGCGGUGGCGUUGCUGCAACGAUUGCGAGAAGAGGCGAGCAGGGGCGACAACAGGAAUCUGGGUUGUUGCGAGCCGGUGGUGUGCCGGAGCUAUCCGCGUCAGCAUUGUUGUGGGCCGAGUAGAGUUACGUUGUCCACAACACGCAUAUGCACACACACACACACAUUUUCGGGCGGCACUCACUGGUGCACGCGCACACAAACGUACACACACACACAUGCACACACACGAUUGGCCCCAUGACCUCAUAUUUCCGCAAAUGCUACGCGUGUGUUGCGUUGUCAGAGUGGUGUGUGUCCGUCAGUCGAAAUGCGCUUGUUGCGGCUGUAGGCGUUGGCGCAUCGCAAGUCGAUGUAAGUCAUCUGGCAAAAAGAACACAAGAACCCUUAUGUGAAGCGUUUGUUUGAGUGAUGGGUGAAUGUGCAACCAACAAUACGUGCACCCAGAGGAGAUUCAUGGCGGGAGUCGCGUGUGCCACACAUGUGCCUCCUGGAACUUACUUAGGCUUUUACAUUUCAUUCCAGCAUUGUUUCAGGUGCGUGAGAAAGGGCAACCUUUCUCACGGAGGGGCUUUGUGACGGCACUGCGUGGGCGGUGGCGGCAGGUUGGUUGGCGAUACUGGUCUGUCAUGCGGUCAUGUGCCAUCUUUUGUAUGGGGGCCCUCAGCGUAGUAUUAGUAUGAUCGUCGGCGCUGGUCUGUGUUUGUGCGUGAGUACAGAUGCGGCACCGCCCCCAGUUACUAAGUGCGGGGCUGAGCCGUGGGGCAUUGCAAUGGACCUUGCUGUGUGCCAUCCAGUCAGUUGGUACUUCGUUGGUGGGCCGGCGGCACUGGGCGGGAGUGCGCGGAAGGGUAGGUUGGCAGGGCCCCUCCAGGUCUGGCUCGGUUUGGUUUGCUUUAUAUCCGGCGCAAACGGCGGAGAUUGCUGGGGCAUGCAGGACUGCUUCGGCAAUGCUGUCAUGGGUGGGCUUCGGCGUGACCUCGUGAGCGUGUUGGGCGCCCUGUACCGUAUUGUCACUGCAUGGCUUUGUGGACUGCGCGGCGUGGGGUGCUUCGCGGCAGCCGCGUUUGCCGUGCUUCUGAGACUCGACUGCGUGGGAGGCUGGCAGUUUGCAAGGGCGUGAGCUGUAAAGGCUGGCUGACACAGAGCUUGCUCGGCGGUUCGUUGUGUGGUGUCAUCGCAAGCAUUUUUGUGGAUUACGGUAGUUCGGCUGCGAGCGCUCGUGUUUUGAUUUGUGUGUAAAGGUCGGAAGGCUUGAGGGCGCACGGAGGCCGGCCUGUGCUGGGGGCGUCGGCGUCUCAUCUCUAUUACCAAUUGCUUGUUGUUGUGAAUGCGUGUGAGGGUGGUGGUAAGUGAUGCGGCGGGUUCGCAGCCCAGGUGGGUCGCGGCAGUGGGGCGGUUGGCGGUUGGCGGAGUCUGUGUGGCAGGUCCCGCAGCGGCCGCACCCGGAUCCCGGCCGCAUGUACAACGUACGCUUGGAACUCGCGCGUGUGCGCUAGUGCUUGAAGGGCAAAACGCGUUACAUGUAUUUAUAUGUAAACGGCACACGCGGUCGAUGUGAGUACGCAAAGACGCGUGUCAAAGACAGGCGUCGCGCUGCCCGAUGCGUGGAAUCCGGACGUGCACCCCUGAGAGCUCGUGAUGGAACAUGGCAAGGGGCAGGAAAGCGUAGUCCCGAUGUGUGUGGCUCCCACCCGUGCCCACAUAAAUGCGUAGCAAGAAGGGACAAGGCAUUGGUGCGUCGUUCGCGCGCUGUUACUGUACCGACGGUAGCUGGCAGGUUGUGUCGAUGUUUUGCUGACGCGCAUUCCUCACGCUCCGGGCGCCCGGCCAAGGCGAUAGCACCACACAGACUCAAUGCGACGCCACACCGCGCGGAUAGCAUAGCCGAUGCGCACCUGCAGGCAGUCGACCGGCGUCCACGGAUGAGCUGUGUAGACGAGCACUAGCGUAAUGCAACGGCGUGCAGCAAAACAAUGGCCGGGCGACAGUGUGACAAGCAGGGGCAAGAACAAGGCGAAGCAAAGCAGAAGAGGGGCCCGAAUGUGUACGACAAUUGUGGCGGGCAGGCCGAAUGCGGUGCAACACGCCAACAACACAACCGGAGGUGAGGAAGCGUUGCUGAUGGUGAGGAUAGGUGCUGCGACGUUCGGUA